CAAUGGCUUCUGCUUGCGGGAGGCCCAGCCUCCUCCUCCAUCCUGCCUCCGAUGACGAUGCCUUGAGGGAGCGCGAAACGUACAAGUACUACCAGCCAUUGCAGGACCUCCUCCAAGCCAGUCGAACAUCGUCGGCUUCUGGGCCUGGGUCGCAACCAGACCGCGCCUUGACAGCCUUCGCACAACUUGCAGCAUUCCGUCUGCGAGCGCGUAGAACAUUCGUAUCCCUGAUCGAUCGCAAAUACCAAUAUAUCCUCGCCGAGGCUACCAGGACUCUCAGUCUGGAAAAAAAUACUGUUGAUGAUGACAAAGACAACCUGUGGGUCGGUGCGACUGCCUUUGAGAGGCGAGCCACCCCAUGCGAGUAUGCUGCUGGCCUCCUCGUUGCUCCAGAUCUGCUUGUUGCAGAGGAUAAGGGAGACGUCGUGGUCUUUCCAGAUCUAUCCGAGCACGUCUUGUUCAAGGAUCAUGCUUUGGUCACUGAAAUCCCUCACGGUCGCUUCUACGCUGGAGUCCCCAUCAUUUCACCAAACGGUCACAACAUUGGAGUCUUUUGUGUCCUGGACGACAAACCCAGAGCUGAAGGUCUUAGUACGACCGAGAUUGAGUUUAUGAAAGAUAUGGCUGUGACCAUCAUGAACCACCUUGCGAUGGUCAGAGCAACAGCCGAACUCAAUCGUUCUCAAAAUAUGGUCCAAGGACUAGGCCAAUUCGUAGAUGGCAAAACCAGUAUAAAGGAUUGGUGGAAAGGCCUCAACCAAGAUGAGCCCGACCACCCUCGAUCACGAGCCGGAACAGAGCGCAGCGGUCGCACCGGUAUCAGGUCUUCGAACUCGUCUUCCAGGCAUCUACGGACAACCUCCACCUCUACUUAUUCGCCUGAUGUGAGCCCUGCGCCCGUCUUUGGGCUCGGGAAACAGGGAGAUACACCUCGCGUCCCAAUAUUCUCUCAGUCAACCACGCCAUUGCAGGAAUCUCAACAUCCGUCAGAAGAAGCCGUGGUCGCCAAUAGAUUGCAAGAGGACUCCAUAUCUCCUGAUAUCAAGUCGACUUUCCAACGAGCUGCCGAGAUAAUAAGAGAAUCCGUCGAUGUUGAUGGCGCUAUCUUCCUUGAUGCCUCUAUUGGAUCGUUCGCUGGCCUUGUUGAUGGAACCCAAACGCAGCAAGGCUCGAUGACUCAGUCUUCUGCUGGUGGCUCUUCCUAUUCGGCUAGGACUAGCGAAACUUCGCAAACGAACGACGAAAAACACUGUAUUGUUCUAGGCAGCUCGUUGACCACAUCCGGAAAACGAAGAUCUUCUCACAUGGUGCCAAGCUUGCCUCUCUCUGUCAGCGAACGAUUCCUUCAAAGACUACUGGCCAAAUACCCCAGAGGAAAGAUUUGGAGCUACGACGAUCAAGACAUCUACGAGGGCUUGGUUGAUUCUCCUAGAACUGCCGAUUUCGUGAACCGGAGAGGCGAACGCUGGAGAGAAAGAAGACUGAUUCGCACCCUCUUUCCUGGCGCGCGCAGUCUAGCUCUCGUGGGUGUGUGGGAUCCGCACCGGAGCAGAUGGUUUGCAGGAAGCAUACUAUGGACCUGUAAUCCGACACGUAUUCUAUCGACCGACAGCGAGCUCAACUACAUGACUGCGUUUGGUCAAUCGGUGAUGUCGGAGAUUGCCAGGAUUGACGUCAAAAUGGCGGAUAGGGCCAAAGCUACGUUCAUCAGCUCAAUAUCUCACGAGUUAAGAACUCCUUUACAUGGAAUUAUGGGUAGCUCCGAGUGUCUUCAAGGUACGCCUCUGGACGCUUUCCAGUCCAGCUUAAUCAACACUAUCGAGACUUGUGGAAAGACUCUGCUCGAUACCUUCGAUAACUUGCUGUCCUACGCGAAGAUCAACAAUCUUAGCAAUACCAACUAUCGGAGACCUUCUGUCUCUUCGACACGAAACGAAUUACAUCGAAAUGGAGCCGACACAGCGCAAAGUCCUGUGGAUCUAAGUAUACUGGUUGAAGAAGUAGUCGACACGGCCUUUGCAGGGCACGAAUUUGUUCGCGUCACACCCCUGAAGACUGGAAUGACUGCUCAUGGGGUUGUGCCUGCACACUUGACGGCUGCACACCCUACAAGAGGGCUUGAAGCAAUCACUGUUCAUCUCGAAUACGACACAACCUCGAAUUGGGUGUUUACAACCCAAGCUGGUGGUUGGAUCCGGAUCAUUCUCAAUCUUGUCGGGAACAGUCUCAAGUACACCGACAGAGGCCGUGUUACGGUCCGGUUAGACUCUAGAUCUCUACCAAGUCCGUUGUCCGAAGAAGACGUCGAAGUCGUUCUUACAGUAACCGACACUGGGAAGGAGUGUCUUCUCUCCUUUCGUGCAAGAAGACCCCUAUCACCUGGUACUGGAUUAGGUCUCAGCAUUGUCAAGCAAAUUAUCACCAGUAUGGGCGGUAGUGUAACCGUGGAGAGCAAGCAGGGCGAAGGAACUCAAUUCUCGAUCGCAGUGUGCAUGACACGCGCCGACCCUUCUCCAGAGCCAGACAAGUCUUCCGCGACCUCCGAUGUCGCUGGUAUGCUACGAGGAAAGCGUUUGAACAUGUUCAUACCAGAGGGCGAACAUGACGAGACCCAAUUUGUUGAUCUCUGUAGCAGAUGGUAUGGCGUGCCUGUUCGAUGCACUCCAGAACCAGAGGAAGCGGAUCUACAUAUCGUCCUGAAGAAACACACAAACGCACUGGUCAAGCAACUUGCUUCCAAGCCUGCAAGGGACAAUCCUAUCGGUACAAGUCCGGUCGUCGUGUUAUGCAAGGAUAUCGCCUCUGCAAACGCUCUUCAGUCUUCCAAGUCUAUGGCCGCCAUCAGCCCUCAUAUGGAGUACAUAGCACAACCAUUGGCUCCGAAUAAGGUUGCUAAGACACUAUCGCUCAACAGCGGCAGUGACUCCCCACUAGCACUUUCUCGGGCCACUAGCAUCUCAUCACAAUGCCCACAACGCCCACAACGCCCACGAGACCAUCGAGCCAGCUCCACUAUCUCACAGAACAGCACAAAUUCCAAUCCCGAGGUAGUACUCUACACACCUAUGGAGGAGAAAACACAGGAAAUGCUCAUGGCCAAGGUCCGACAAAGCGUUGAGGCCAAUCGUCAAGCUGAUACACUUGAAGCUCAGAAACAAGCUCUUAUGCCUAAUGUCACACCUCCUGUUCCGGGUGUAUCAGUCUUGCUCGUUGAUGAUAACAACAUCAACCUGAAUCUAUUGGCUACAUUCAUGAAGAAGCAACGACACGCUUACGACACCGCUACCAAUGGCCUUGAAGCUCUACAAGCAUAUCAAGCCCAUAUCGACCCGACACGUCUCCCAAAAGACAGCGAAAAUUCACUGCUUCUGCAAAACCAGCCCGAAUUGACGGCGCAGUCAUUCGAUUUCGUCCUCAUGGAUAUCAACAUGCCCCAAAUGGACGGUCUCCAAUCGACUCGCCGCAUACGAGCUUUUGAACGCGCAAAGGGCUUGCGACCUGCAGUCAUUGUCGCUCUUACUGGCAUGGCCUCCGCAAGUGUACAGCAAGAGGCAUUCGCUAGUGGCGUCGACCUCUUUCUGACGAAACCGGUUCGACUAAAAGAGCUCACGAAGAUUUUCGAGGAACAUCAGAGG